UGGCAUUAGCCUCAAGGCUCAAACCAAUCAUGUUUUAAGCUAGUGUCCUGUUCUCUGAGGUUUUCAACUAAGAAAAUUAAAAUGGAUCGUUUAUGCUGCAUGCUAUGGCUUCUCUUGACAUGGGUUUCAAUCAUAUCCGUACUGUCCAUUGCCAGAAGACUCAAACCAACUUCAAGAAAGCUUCCUCCAGGACCAACAAAAUAUCCACUCAUCGGAAACAUCUUUGAUCUUGGAAAUAAACCUCACAAGUCUUUAGCAAAACUUGCCAAGGUUCACGGCCCCAUAAUGAGUCUUAAACUUGGCCAGGUGACUACCAUUGUCAUGUCUUCUGAAUCCAUGGCCAAACAAGUACUUCAAAUUCAUGAUAAAUCUUUCUGUGACCGAACUAUUCCUGACUCUCUCCUUGCCCACCAACACCAUGAAUUUGGAAUGCCAUGGCUACCGGCCUCCACAGAAUGGAGAAAUCUCAGGAAAAUAUGCAACUCAUAUAUUUUCUCUAGUAAAAAAGUUGAAACCGAUCAAGACCUAAGGCGCAAGAAAGUGCAAGAACUCGUUGCUUAUGUUGAAGAAAGUUGUAGCGGUGGUAGAGCAAUAAAUAUUGGUCAAGCUGCUUUCACUACUAGUCUUAAUAUGUUGUCACGCACUAUUUUCUCAGUUGAUUUGGCUGAUCCUACUUCAGAUACGGGUCAAAAGUUUAAGGAACUUGUGUGGGAUAUUAUGGUAGACAUGGGAAAGCCUAAUUUAGCCGAUCAUUUUCCGCUGCUUAAAAAGAUUGACCCGCUAGGUAUACGGCGUCGCAUGGCAACUAAUUUCGGAAAGAUGUUUGAACUCUUUGAUCGCAUGAUUGAUCAACGUUUGAAGCUACGAGAUGGUCAUAAUGAAGACAUUCUAGAUAUUCUACUCAAUAUCACCCAAGAGAUUGAUAGAAAUUGCAUCAAACAUUUAUUUCUGGAUUUAUUUGUCGCCGGUACUGACACAACUUCAAGCACAUUGGAAUGGGCAAUGGCAGAACUACUCUUGAACCCAGAAGCUUUAUCGAAAGCUCAACUGGAAUUGGAGCAAACUAUUGGAAAAAGGAACCAAGUUGAAGAAUCCGGCAUCACUCAUUUACCUUAUUUACAAGCAAUUAUCAAAGAAACUCUCAGGUUGCACCCGCCAACUCCAUUAUUACUGCCUCGAAAAGCCUCAGCAGAUAUAGAACUCAGUGGGUUCACUGUCCCAAAGGAUGCAAAAGUUUUAGUGAACGUAUGGGCAAUUGGGAGAGAUGCAACAGCAUGGGACAAUCCAAACUCUUUUAUACCAGAAAGAUUCUUGGGGUCGGAUCUUGACUUUAAAGGCCACCAUUUUGAACUCAUUCCGUUUGGCGGUGGACGGCGAAUAUGUCCUGCUGUGUUAAUGGCAAUCAAAAUGUUACACUUGAUGUUGGCUUCACUUAUUCACUCCUUUGAUUGGAAGCUUGAUGAAGAGAAAAUGGAUAUGGAAGAUAAGUUUGGCAUCACCUUGCAGAAAGCUCAACCACUAUUUGCGAUUCCUAUUGCUCGCCGUUUUAAUUAAUUACUUUACAAUUUCUCUCUAUUAUGUAUGUUUCUUGUGUAAUUUAUAUUGUUCGUGAAUAAAUACUUCAAUUUCAAUAUUAUA